CUAUCUUUUUAGCAUUGAGAGAAUAUAAUAAAAUUACGGCCACUUAAAACUUGUACUCCAUCAAAAAGCUAGGUGGAAUAAAUCGUGGUACAUUUUCGAAUAACCAAAGGAAGUAAGCACUAAAUAAUGAUACACAUUUCUGUUCUUAUUAUUAUUCGUUGUCAUAAUUCACCAUCUCUUUUUCGAUUCCAAGAACUAGAAGCAGCGGAUAAUGUACAUAUUCUACCGCGGGAUAGAGCAUACCAAGAGUCAACGCAAAAUAUAAACGUAUACGCGUCUACAAAACUAUAUAUAAAUAACUUCUCCAAAGUCCUAAACCCAAAUUCUCGAACAAAUCCACGAAAGAAAUUAAAAAUUUCCCCCAAAAAAAAAAAAGAAAAAGAGAAGGAAAAAGAAAUGUCUGGGUACCCUCACAAUUACGGUUACGGAGCACAACCACCGUACGGUGCUCCUCCGCCACCGUCCUCCGCCCAGACCUACGGAGCGCCACCGGCAUCCGCACCAUACGGAGCACCGCCGGCAUCCGCACCAUACGGAGCACCGCCUCAGUCCGCUCAGCCCUACGGGGCACCUCCACCGGGGCAAUCUCCCUAUGCUCCGGUCUCUGCUCCCUACUCCGGUGGUCCUUCAGCCCCGUCAUACUCCUCCGACUACGGGAAGCCUCCCAAAGAGAACAAACCCUCUGCUCCUUACGGAGCUCCUCCUCCCUCAGCUCCUUAUGGUGCUCCUCCCCCGCCGCAGCCUUAUGGUAGCCCUUUCGCGGCUUUGGUCCCCUCUGCUUUUCCUCCUGGUACCGAUCCCAAUGUCAUAGCUUGCUUUCAAAUUGCUGAUCAUGAUGGGAGUGGGUUUAUUGAUGAUAAGGAGCUCCAAAGUGCACUUUCGUCUUACAAUCAGAGCUUUAGUCUGAGGACGGUUCAUCUUUUGAUGUAUACCUUCACCAAUUCCAACGUCCGGAAAAUUGGUCCCAAGGAGUUCACCUCACUUUUCUACAGUCUUCAAAACUGGCGGGCAACUUUUGAGAGAUUUGACAGAGACAGGAGUGGCAAAAUUGAUGCAUCAGAAUUGAAAGAGGCACUGCUUAGCCAGGGAUUUGCAGUAUCACCCGUGGUGUUGGAUUUAUUGGUGUCUAAGUUUGAUAAAACUGGGGGGAAGAAUAAGGCCAUCGAAUAUGAUAACUUCAUUGAGUGCUGCCUCACCGUUAAGGGGUUGACGGAGAAAUUCAAGGAGAAGGAUACAGCAUACACUGGCUCCGCAACUUUCAGUUAUGAGGCGUUCAUGUUGACAGUGCUGCCUUUCCUCAUAGCCUAGUGUUGUAAGGCAAAAAUUGCCACUUCAAAAUUUCAAAUUUCUCUAGGUUGGGUACUUGCGUUGAUGUUUUAUGUUUUGUUUCAUAUGGGUUGGCCUUUGUGUUUGUUGAACUGAGAUCUACUGAGUCUGUACAGUAGGUGAAAGUGAAAUGGUAGUUGGUUCAAUGUCAUUUUCUUUGACGCAUUUGUUCGGAAUUCCCUUUUUUUUGUAGUAUUGAAUUUAUGGUUUACUUUUGCCUUGGUCUCCUUUUCAAAGUUAAUUUGUUUAUUAUCGAAAGCGCUUUGUAGCUCCCAAAGCCCAAAAAAUAUCUCCUGUCCGUUAAUCAAGUUACUCAUCUUCGUUUUCAAGCAUAGAGAAGAGAAGACAAAAUCACGCGAUCUUUUUUUUCUUUCUUUAUAUUUGCAGGGUGUCCACG